CCGCUCUGUGGGCGGUUGACAAAAACUGUUGUCCCAACUAUAAGUAUUCUGUUAUACGAGCAGUAUGCUAGGGCUUCGCCUGGAGGAAAAUGACUCGGAAGAGUUGUUGUGGAGGGGUGCAGGCACGGUAACAUUCGAAGCCACAUUUUGGUUUUGGAUGUUGUACCAAUAUAAUAUGCACCAAGGAGGUCAGAGGAAAGUCCAUCGCUGCGACAAAUCGCCCUUGUGUACUGAUGUUCGAUGAGACAGCUGCGCUCCCAAAUUUUUUUCUGAACUAAAUGA